AAAUUAUAUUCGUUAUUUGACUUUAGCAGAUGUUUAGCAAACAUUUCUCUUCAUCCUGACAUGGAGAACUCCUGCAGAGAAUACACGUACACGAUUAUUCAUUUCUCUUCUUUAUCUUCACACCUAGGUCUGUCAUCUUUGCUGUGGCAAACAGCUUUAAUGUGGAGUUUGCAAUAAAUUCAAAUUCCUUCAUAAUCCAUCGCUACUCUUGGAUUAGAUUAGAAUAUUGACAGAUGAACCUCUCAUACUACCGUCACAUAUCAAAAACACAAAUGUGCACAAGUUUUUAUUUUGUGUAGUUAGGACAGUGCAAAACAUGCAGUUAUACAAGUUUAACCCCAGAAGAAAAGAACAGGUUGAACUUUCAUUUCCCUGCAGAGAUGUGAAGCAGCACUGGCAUGAAGAAAGAAGAAAAAAAAAAAAAAGCAGAAAUUGGAUACAUUUGACCUCAGGAAAAUAUUCUACUUCAGCAUUUUGCUCUCAAUUUCUGUUGGUGUCAAUGUCUGCCUGAGAUACAGUAAGGCAUUGAUGUAAAAUUCAGAACACCUGAAUUACUCAACUUUCUUUAACAAAAUGGAAGGGUCUUUUCUGAUUACAGAGGAAAGCCUAAGGAAAGGAAAAAGCCUAAAGACAAGGACAUCAGUAGGUAGAUCUGUGCCGUAUAAGACUAUUUCUGAAAAAAAACUAAAAUUUAAUAAUUAUCCAAAAUACUCAUGACCAUGGCCAGUUACUUGACACUCAGAUGGUGAUGGGGUGAGAGAACUGGGAAGAAGGAGGACAGCAAGAAGAGUGCAGAGAUACUGUCCUGUCAUUACCUCUGUUCUUCUACCAUUCUUCUUUGGUACUAUAAAUGUGCUUUUAAUCUUAAAUAAUCUGACACUGCAGAAAUGCCAGAUUUAAGCACCAAUUUGAUUUUUCCAAAUAAUAUUUACUUUGUAACUUUAAAGAAAUUCAGUGUUCAGUACCAUUCAGUUAUUCAUCAGCCAAUAUACAGCUAUUACAUGGCUACUUUACAAGGAGAGAGGAACACAGAGUGGCACAGCACUCAUGGCAACUAAUGGCUAAGAAGUAAGCUGGAUAACUAGCAAUAGCAUUUGUUGUGCUUACUCCAGGCCGUUUGAAAUACACUGCCAGCAAAGCCUGGUGGUUUGGCUAUUUCCCAAAAAUGGUCUCCAGAGCCAGGUAAAGGAAAGGAGGAGGAGGACACACAGGAGAUGGAGAACAAAAGUUUGAUAACUUUUGCUAUUAAUAACAAAAAAAAAUAGGAAGGAAGGAGAUUUCCCCCUUCCCCCUUGCUCUGUAAAAGAAUUCAGCAUGAUAUAGAAAGCCCAGCAAAAGCACAGCAUUCUUUCCCACCAAGAGACAAAGCCACAAAGAGGUAAAGAGAAAUGGGUGGGAGCCAGUAUUCUUCAGAGCAAUCCAACAUGACUGAGCUCAGAGGCAGGCCAGCUUCAGACUGAAGCUGAAAGUCCAGCUUUUAGGAUGAGCUAGGUCAGCAGCACAGGUUAAUGGUGCACAAAUCCAAGGCUGUUGUGAGAUGUCGCAAAUCAAGGAUGUUCACGAGAUCUCUCAGUCUGAUUAGACUGUCAUACUCUUUAUAAAAUCUCAACAUUACCCUGGAGAGAAAAAUCUAGCAGGAAUUGGCCAUAUCUGAGAGGUAAUCUCAACUGCAGAAAUUUAACACAAAACAUUAUGAAACCUGAGAGAAAAAACAUUCCAAAGGGUAAGAACAGCUUGAGACCAUCUUCCAUUGUUAAACUGGAGAUCAUGUGGAGAUAAAGAAUAUGAACUUACAUGUACCUGUGCCAAUAAUCUCAUAGUAAUCUCUCAGGAUAUGUUCUUCUGAAAUAGGUAACAACAGAAAAUUAUUCAUGUAUAAGCAAUUAAAAGAACUCUCUUCAGUCCCUUAUUGUAUUUGUGGGAAAAGAGGGAGUGACAAAAAAAAUGCAGCAUACUUUCUGAAUCAGACCGAAGAACUGGGGGCAAUGCCCUUUGACACCUAGCCUUUUUUUUUUUAAUUUAAUCUAAAGACCAACAAAUCAAACCCUUAAGUAUUAAAGCUGUGCUCAUCUGGGAAUUCCUAAUUGCCAUUUCUGCGGGCUGAGUCCUUUGCUAUUUGGUUAAAUAUAUCAAUUCCUAAAAAGCAUCAGCUCUAACACCUGCACAGAGCUUUGCCUAAAAUCCAAGGCAAAACCUAUUUCCAUUACUAAGGAUGAAAUACCAAAUAAGAUUUGCACAUUUUGCCCACCUCAACGUUUUCAGCCAGUCUCUUCUGACAGGAAGGGAAGCGAGGAGUUGUGAGCACGCCUCAGCUGUUUGCAUCAGCAGCGCAGCAGGCAGGCAUGACAGCAGAGAGCACACUGCGUGCCGGUCUGUGCUGCUGCCAGGGACUCUCCUGGGGGCCCUGAGCUUUGCCUCCUGGUCUCAAAUACCCCCUUUCUGAUGGGAGUUUUACUUUCCUUAGAAAAGAUGAAGCGUCUAGAUGUGUUGCCAUCAAGUUACAUCUUACUGACUUACGAAGUGUUUCUAUUAAGAGCACAACAUUGCGGGGCCAUCAAAGCUCAUUCCACGUAAUUUCAGCUCACUGAUUCUACUUUAAAAGCAGUUAAUUGCUACAGAAACACAUCUCCAAAUGUCGGAGAUUUUAUAAACUGUAUAAAAAAUUCAUAAAAAUUCAGAGAUCCAAGUCCAUCUUUACUGAUGCCAAUACAAACUUCCAGUAAUCAAACCAGUAAUAGAAAAAGUAGCUCUGAUUUCUAAUUGCUGCUCCUGACACUUUGGUUCCUUACAGCUGUGAACUAUUUUGCUUUAUUAAUUCUUCCUGUUUCAACAUGCUCAGAGUUAACAGAAUUAUAAGAAAUGUAGUUGUUUUCACACGCCUAGUCAGCUCCCUGGGGAGCUGGGAAUGAAUUGAAUUUGUUCUAUAUACAUUUUUAGGGUAUAUUGUCUUCUCUUGAAUGUGAGACAUUUGUAUCAUUUGUCUUUAUUUUUAAAAGUCUCCUUACAUCUCCCCAGAGAAGAAUUAAUAAUUUAAAAAAAUGGAUAUGAAUAUUUACAAAAAAUUACAAAGAAAGUGACUUAUUUUCAGAAAAAUAGAAAUUCUAUAAUUUAUUUUUAAAAUUUGUGUAGCUUCAAAUCUGAGCUUCUCAGACCAUUACAUUUCAUAACAGUGCCAUCUACUGGACGAGGACCACAAACUAAAUCAAAGAACAUUUCUUCCCCUUCCAUUUGCAGUUAAACCAGUGCUUCACUCUGAAGCUUUUCCUUUAAUUACUGGUAUCCAACAUCUCCUCCAAAGGGCAAUACAAAACAGAUAUGGAAAAGUAAUUGCAGGAACCAGAAAGCUGAUAGUGAGGGAACAUUGCUGAAGCUUUCACGCUGCAUUGUUUUGUUUGAAUACAACAGUAGCCUAUUAUUACUAUUUGGACCAUUCUUCCUAACUAAUCUGGGGUCAUACUGAAAAGAAAACUAGAAAUCUAAAGCAUUGACUUUCAGGGAAAGAAAUUUCUUCUUUCAGAGAAGUUAAUUUCACUUGUUUAUUUGCAUGAUGAGCACAGUCUCUGAUAACAACUCUCCAAGUUUCUCUUUUCCAGUAGCAUGCAUAAGUAACUGAUUCUACAGUUCGAGGACAUUUUUAAUUACUGUCUUCUGCUGCAUUAGAAAAUUUCUCAAUUUAGACAAAGACACCACAGACUGUGUCACUGUCACUCUGCUACACAGUGUGUUUGUCAGGCAGUAUACCAGAAUUUGCACUUGUAUUUGGAUGCAACAGAAAAAUGGCCCCAAGCUAUACAACAACGUGCAUCUCAGAAUAUGCACAGUUCUAAAUUGAUUGAUGUUUAUUAAAAGCCAGAACCUUCCGGCUGGAGAAAGACAGACAUACUUGCCAUUUUAAAAUAUUUCAUCUUAUUUAAUCAAAUUGGCUACCCAGAAGAUCCCUUCACUUAAUGACACUUCCUUGCAAUUUGCACUUCAAAUAUAUUUUUAAACCAAUCAAAAAUCUUUCACUUCAUUAAAAUUCUCACUUGGAACCUAAGGAUCGCGGCAAGAAAUUCAAAGAUAUCUUAAAUAUGCAUAUUAAAGAUAUCAUUUCAUUUUCUAUUCUAAUUUGUCCUCUAGAAAAACAACCUCACGAUCGUAUUCCAAACAGCCCAAAUAACCAGCAGACUUGCCACCACAGCCACUGUGAGUAGGAGUGUAAAAAUUUGGUAUUCCCCGAUGAUCUGGCUAGCUUAGUAAAACCUUUUUGCAGACAAAGCAGAAGAGCUUAAUUUAACUCAUCACCAGACAGAAUCAUCAGUAUAUGGUGAUUUCUAGCAAAGCCCUCUGCAGACAUCUACAGCACCAGAAACUCUUCCAGAAUGGAGAACCUCUUGGGAUGAGAAACGGAGACUGAGAAUAACAUUUACAAUCCUUAUGAAACAUGCAGAUUUCCCUGGAAACCGACAAUAAUACUGAUACAGUGUGAAGAGCGCACAGUCUUCACACAUCAUGUUAUCUCAUAUUAUUUUCAUUCUCAAGUAAAAAGAGUGAGCUUGUGAAUAAAAGCUCAGUUUGUCUUUUAUUCUCUUCCCUCUGCUCUUGUGAUGCAGCAAAGUGUAACAGCACUGUGUGAUACACGUCUCCCUUUCAGACUUUUUACUUACUUAUUUUGGCUGGAUUACUUCUCUACAUAACAUUUUUUUUUUCAGCUCUUCCUGCAUGUAGAACCAUAUUAGUGCCAGCCAGGAAAAUUGUAAGCCUAAUACAAAGGGAACUCCAAUCUUGCACAGUAUCCUAUUUAUGCUUUUAGACACUAGACAUUCUGAAGAAAUCUGCAUCAUGUUAGCCCAAAUCCAAUAAACAGAGUCAGUCUUAAAAAUGUCACAGACAAGUAAUAGUGUAAAGGGCUACUUUUCCCUUUUUAUCCUGUUUCCCACUGAAAAUAUGGCCAGCCUAGAUGCUGUUCUCCCUACCCUACUGAAAGGCAAAAGAAGAAAGAAACUUCUUGUCUUAAAACACUACUGCAGGACUUAAUGAAGCCCUUCCUCUUAGUGCCAGGACACUUCCAGCACAUGUUCUAGGUACUGCCUUGAAGCUUUGUACAAACCAGUCAUAAUGAUGCCAUUCACCUUCACAUCAGCUGAAUGCUCAUCGUUAUUAUAAUCACUUCAAACAUCAGAAACUUAAAGCAUUAUUCCAAGAGUAAUUCUCAAGAGUGUACAGUCUGUUGAACUCUGCUUUAACAAAAUACUAAAACAGCCCAUUCUCCUUUGCCUUAUAGGACUGAGUAGUCACAUGUUUUGUUUUGUUUUGUUUUUUUACUGGAAGCCUCUUUAUUAUCAACAUAACUUAAUCAUUUCCAUUUAGAAUUUCAUCUGAAGUCUCCUUUCCUAACCAUCAUUACUGCCCCUAGCGUUAUCCCAGCAGUCACAGUCUGGCUUUUACACCUCAUCAGUAAGGCCCAGCUACCCUAUCCUAUCACAAUGGUUCAAAAAUCUUUUUAUGUAAAAAGUGACUGCAUUCACACUUUGCAAAAUGAUAACAGGAGCUGAAAAGGAAACGUAUUUAAAGAGACGAAACAGGUAUGUGUAAGGAUUGGACAGCUAAAAGGAAGGAAGUUUUUUCCCCAUCAUCCUACAUGUGUAGUUGCAAUGAUUGGCAUAUGCCAAAAGAAAUAUAUUUGCUCCCAUCUCAACUCCUAAACCCAAAUUUUAAGGGAGAACAAAACAAAACAAAACUGGUGAGGACACAGAUGCACUGAACUAUGGGAUGGAUUCCAGAUGCCCCAACUGCACGUUGUUAGGGAAGCAAGUGAGCUCUCAGACGAAGGCUGUACAUAGGAUGCCCUGGAGACAACUAAACUUCUUUGUUUGAAAGGGCACGGACAAAUUCUCAAUAACUAUUUCCCAUCACACACACACACAAAAUGAAAUUCCUCCUUUGGAAUAAAGAACAAAAGCAAACCAUUUGAGUCUAGGAAACAUGUCCCGAGUGCCAGGAGCUGUGUGAGGCAGCUGCCCACCACCCCUCCGGAGAGAAGCAUGUGAGCACGCUGCCUCCCAUGCACCUCUCCUCCUCCACCACCUGCCUGCAAGCAUCUUAAGGGCUGUGCUGCUGUUCUGGGACAAAGAAGCUCACCACAACAGGAAAAUGCACAAAUGCUCCCAGUUCCUCUCUCGACAUCUGCAUUUCUACACAUGCUUCCUGCCAGCUGCAAAAUAAAUAUUUGUCUUAUGGUUAAUUGUCAUCAUUUCCACAUAAGAAGUGCAGGCAGGGAUGAAGAUUGACUUAGAAUAAAUUAAAUAUUAAAAAAAAAAAAAAGAAGAAGGAAAUUGUGAUGAAAUCUUUCAGUGUUGCAGCAUGCCAGGCUUGUUGCCUCCAGAGCUCAGAGAAUCUAUGAGAAAUAAGAUAAGAUACACAGUAGCCCUUUAAGACAUCACUGCAUUUGCAGUUCCUUUUUCACAUGGCAGGGCCUGGAGUUCUUCCAAAGGCAUUGCCUGUACAUACACACUGACAUUACUGUUGCAUACGUUAGGAACACAGGGAACAGCAGAGCAACCAAGACCUCAAGUUUGCGAUGAGAUCUGUACCUUUUAGUGUGAGGUCUUACAUUCUCAUAGCUUAAUAUCUGAAGUUUGGCCAAAAUAUUUUCCUAAUAGGCUAGCCCUCUAGGAAUAUUUCUUGUCAUCUUAAAAGUCCCAUGAAUUAAGUACUUUUUUGGUCAUUUUUUUUAUAUGGGAGUGCUGAUAGAAAUUAGAAACCACAUCCUCCCUUAGUCUCAGUCAUAUGCUACCAGAGGAUCUCAUGCACUCUCUCUAGCAAAUGUGUGACUGUGAGAUAUGAAUUGGUGAUCUCAUUCCUUUGUAAGAAUGCUAAAAAAUAUAUAUAAUAAUAAUAUAUUCCUGUAUACUACAUGGAAGAGCAGUUCUAUUACACAGCUCUCAAACAUGAAAUGUUGAUUAUGUUAGCUACAUCUAAGAACAACUCUAUACUAACAUUGUCCUAUUCCAAACUGCUCUUCCUCUCUCUUUUCUUCUUGUUUUUCUUCUGUGCACUACUCUAGGAUGACCAUCGUCCGCUGAACAUAAAUCUUUAUGCAAAUAUCAACAGUAAAGAUCAGCACUGUUUCCAUAUUUAGGACUUCCUCAACUGCUAGAGCCACUCCUCCAAGAUCUCUUUAGUGCAACUCCAACAGCUAACUCGUAACAGCUUCAUUUUGAAAAAAAAAUGUUUUUUUUCACAUUUCUGCUGUUUUCUUACUCUCAAACUUCUCAGCAGAUUCAGAAUGCGACUGCAGACUGCAGAGAGAUACUUUCCAACCCCGUGCUCGCACCUCUUCAUGGUGCUUUGGAAGUAGUGAUGAAGCAGAACGUAAGCCUCUCCUGUCACUCAGACUCUGGAUCUCCUCCUGUCAGAUACACGCUAUUUAAACACAGUCAGAAGGUAUCUGCUAUAAACAGGACAGACUUGACUCCAGCUUUGUUUAACUUAACGAUCAAUUCUGCCAGUGAUGUGGGUGAAUAUAAGUGCAAAGCUGAGAAUGGAAUCCCCAGCGGUGAAAAAUACAGCAGAAUUCUCAACUUCACACUUCAAGAGCCAGUUUCCAAACCAGUGCUGAGCUCACCCAAUUCCCAAGCAAAGAAAGGCCAAAAUGGGACCUUGUCUUGUCUCUCAGAGAAAGGCUCUCUCCCAAUCACAUACACAUUCUUCAAAGACGGACAGAGCAUCCAGCCCCCAGUGAAGAUGCAGAAGAGGGAAGCAGCAGUGAUUUCUGUACUUAUCGAAUCCUCUAGUGACUUUGGAAUGUAUAAAUGCAAAGCUGAAAAUCGCCUUCGCAAAAAUCCAAAAUACAGCAACAGUUUCAACUUCACAUUAGCAGAGGAGAGAAGCAAUUCUCAACCCCUGAUCAUUUCUCUUGGACUGAUCUUGCUACUGUUAGCAAUAGGAUUUGCUCUGGCAAUUCUAUUUUUCGUAAUUCCUUCAUAUAAAGCAAAAAAAUUUACAUCCACUAGGCACUCAACUGGCCUUACUUCAACAGAGAAAGUAGAAGAGCCAGAAGACUAUGUCACAUACGCAGAGAUUGAGCCAGUUCAACCAGAAGAAGAAUACGUCAACGUUUCUGCUAUUAGAAGAGCAGAUGAACAAGAGAACAGAGCAUAUGCUACAAUCUAUUCGAAGGUCCUCAUCAGAGAUGGAGCACAAGCUGGACCACUCCAUUCUCCAGAGUAGCAUCACUUAUCAAGACCAUGAAGAGAACACUCAUCUCAUCGUAUCUGCAAAGAAAAGAUCACAUCUAUUGCCACUUUUGAUGUAUGAAAUUUCAGAUAAGUUAUGUAUCAUAACCUGUAUAUAUUUAUUUUGGCUAUAAUGCACUAAGCUCAGUGUCAAGACACUCUUUUUCUUACGAACAUUCCUUGCUGUCCUGACUACGUUUCUUUAAAUUAUUACGUUACUUUAGUACAUUAAUAUAAUAGAUUAUUAAGUAACAUUUAAAGAGUAUUUUUAUAGAAGUGAUUAUUCUGUUAUUUAAUAGCCAGAUUUUGAAGACUACUGUACAUGAACCAAUAAUUGUAUCUAUUUUUCAUAUGUAUUUUCUCUGCGGAAAAAAACUACUCAUCAGUAUGCUCAAGAUCAAUAGAUAAGAACAGUGACACGCUCAAAAUGUACUGCUGAUCCACAAAUCAUGCAUGAAGCGUUCCGUUGGAAUAUUGGUUUUUAUUUGCACAAAUAAUUCCACCACUUACAUCAUUUAGACUUGAAGAACUUUCAAGUUCAAAACUAGACACAGUGUGCCAGCUGAAGCAGUGCUUAAGGACAGAACACAGAACUGGUCCAGAUGCAAAAAAGAGGAAGACAGAACAGUUCUGCAAGUUUAUGACUCAUCUUAAGCAAUUUAUUCUCAUAGGAGAGCCUCUAAAAGACAUCUCUCAAUUCCAGAGCAACAACCCUGGAAGAGGUAUGAAAGGCUAAUGUUUCAUUCAGUUCCUAAAAUGUUAACCGCCAUUGCUCCUUCUAAUAAAAAUCAAUGGAAUCUGA